GUCUUUUUAAAAAGUAUAACAUUUUUACGCCAACAAUCAUAAUGCAAACGCUUUCCAGGCAAGUCCCGUUACUUUAGUUGGUUUUCAACGUUAUCGUACUAGCGAUUAAUAAGCGACUAUUUCUAACCUUUGCAUCGGUUCGCUGUGCGCGAAAGGUUCCACCAAUUUCACAUAAAAAGCGACCAAGGUGAUGAGUGAAUUGUUGUUUAACAUUGCGCGCGGACAUCAGUUUUAAGUACAUACAUACCUAUUUUAAGAAAUAAUGGAUGUUGGAGAAACAGGAAUUGGAUUCAAAAUAGGUCUAGCGCUAUUGAAUUCCAUUAGCUUUGUCUUUGAUAUCACCACAUAUAUAGUUUACUGUUUGACCGAUCUACCAUGGUCUGUAAAAUCUAAAGCUAGAUGUCUUAAGUCAACAAUUGUGAACGUCGAAAAAGCAAAUGCGGAAUCCCACACAAUAAACGUGUUUGAUGCCAAAAAUGAAAAAGUCGUUGAACGUUUAUCGAUAAAAAAUAAAUCUGUACAGAAAAUGAUUGGAGAUGCGGGCGUCAGCGUCACUUACAAGCGCAUUUUCACACCAUCGAAAAUUCACUCCAUGUUGCAAAAAGAGAACAUCGACACCCUCGAAAAAGUAUUGAAUUACGUUUCGCAAAAGUUCUCGUCCAAACGUUGCCUUGGCACGAGGGAAUUAUUAAACGAAGAAGAUGAAAUUCAAGCAAAUGGUCGUGUUUUUAAGAAAUUUAACUUUGGAGACUAUCACUGGAAAACAUAUUCUCAGGUGAGCAUGUUGGCGACGAACUUCGGCAGGGGAUUGCGUGAAAUCGGAUGCGUUUCUAACGAGAACGUCGUGAUAUUUGCUGAAACUAGAGCAGAGUGGAUGAUUGCCGCUCACGGUCUGUUUAAGCAGAACAUGUUACUGGUCACAAUUUAUGCCACCCUCGGUGAAGAAGCAAUCGCGUACGGUAUCAAUCAAACCGAAGUGUCGGUGGUCAUUACAUCGCACGAAUUGAUGCCGAAAUUUACGAAAAUAUUACACAUGACACCCAAAGUAACGACUUUAAUUUACAUGGAAGACCAAUUGAAAACAUUGGAUACUUCCGGUUACAAGGAAGGUGUGACUAUAUACCCAUUCUCUGAAAUACUUAAAAUGGGGGCUACCUCCGACAAGGGUGAUAAUCCGCCUUCCGCGGAGGAUGCUGCCAUAAUUAUGUACACCAGCGGUUCCACCGACGUACCCAAAGGCGUUAUUUUGCAACACAAAAAUCUUAUAGCCACGAUGAAAGCUUUUAGCGAUGUGUUUGAAAUUAGCGAAGACAAUGUCAUGAUCGGUUUCUUACCUUUGGCGCACGUCUUCGAACUGCUCGUCGAAAGUAUCGCGUUGUGUGCUGGUGUACCGAUUGGCUAUUCGAGCCCGCUUACGGUGAUCGACUCGGCUAGUAAGAUUAAGAAAGGAACCAAAGGGGAUGCUUCCGUCCUGCGACCUACUGUCAUGACCGCAGUCCCACUAAUUCUCGACAGAAUAUCUAAAGGUAUACACGAGAAAGUAAAGAAGAGCGGUUCAUUUAAAAAACUAUUGUUUAAGUUCGCUUAUGACUAUAAAAUUAGAUGGACAGCGAGAGGAUUUAAAACGAGGAUUAUUGAUAGAAUCGUCUUUAGCAAUAUUCAGAUGAUUUUGGGAGGUCGUAUGAAAUAUAUAUUAACGGGUGGUGCGCCGCUGUCGGCUGACACUCAAAAAGAAAUAACCACAUGUUUAUGUGCUCACGUUAUCCAGGGUUAUGGAUUGACAGAAAGCACGUCAGCCGCCUGCGUAGAAAACAUAACGACGAUGCAAUAUGGUCGCGUUGGUCCUCCAUGUUCAACUUGUCUCGUUAAGAUUGUAAACUGGGACGAGGGAAACUAUACUGUGCAGGACAAGCCAUGGCCCAGGGGUGAGAUGAUUGUUGGAGGCGAUAACGUUGCCGCAGGUUACUACAAACUACCAGGAAAAUCGAAGGAAGAUUUCUACGAAGAGGGAGGGAAAAGGUGGUUCAGGACUGGAGACAUAGGCGAAGUACACGAGGAUGGUGUUUUCAAGAUUAUAGAUCGCAAAAAAGAUUUAGUCAAACUUCAGGCAGGCGAGUACGUAUCUUUGGGGAAAGUCGAAACCCACUUGAAAACAUGUCCAUUGGUGGAAAACGUGUGUGUUUACGGAGAGGGCACCCAACAAUUUUGCGUUGCGCUUAUCGUUCCUCACCCGAAUCACCUCGAACAGCUGGCGAAAAAUAAAGGGAUACCUGAAGGAACUUUUGAAGAGCUUUGCAACAGCGAUCAAUUAGCAAAAAUUGUUACUAAGGAACUUGCGGAUCACCUUAAAAAAGGAAAAUUGGAAAAAUUCGAAAUUCCAGGCGCCGUUAAACUCGUACCGGAGGCUUGGACUCCGGAAUCCGGACUCGUCACAGCCGCGUUAAAAAUCAAGCGGAAAGAAAUUCAAAAAUAUUACGAAAAAGAGUUGAAAGAACUUUAUGCAACGUGACCUAAAGACAAAUGUAUUCUUUCCGAAAAAUCUCAUGCAAACAAUGUUAUUAACGGCAACUAGAAACAUUUUUUCGAUUAAUUUUAAUUAGGGACAAUAAUUAAUGUAUAAAAUUGAAAUAUUUACUUUUUAACUUACAUUUUUGUUUAUACUUGUACAGGGUAGUCCUAAUUGAAGUGUAGUAAAAACCUUUCUUUUGUACCAAAUCGAUCAAAACCGACUUAAAUGACGGGAGCUCGAUUUUUGAAAAAUAAUUAUGGUAAAAGCAAUAUGGUUUGGAAAAUGACAUUAUUAGGGCACUUUAUUCGAGUGAAGUUUUUAUAUGUAAUUUCUGGUUUCUCACAAAUACAACUUUCUUUUUUAAGUGGUUAGACAGUCUUUAAAAAAAAGGUUUAUGUGCAGCACUUUUUUAUCAAGUAUUGUUGACAUUUAUGUAAGACGGCUCUGCGUAUAAAUGUUAAGAGCGAUUAAAAACGUUGCCUUUAUUCGAUUUUGCAUUCUAUCAUAUACACACUUAAGUUUAAACAUUUAGAAAUUCGGAAUGUAUCAAGAAUGAUUGUUUACGUUAUUUUUUUUAAUUUAGUUAUAUAUGAGUAAUUUUUAAUAUUAAAAUUAAAUAUCAAUAAUGCCAUUUUCAAUUUCAUUCCUUCAUUUAAGAUAUUUUAACUUUUUUAAACUUUCACUGUUGAUGGAUAUUAACGUUAUAGGUAGAACUUACUCAUAAGUAAACAAAAAUUGACUUAUAUCUCCGCCAUUUUUCAUGAUCGAUACCAACAACCAGGGCAUUUUUUAAAACCAUAGUGACCAAUUGCUACAUAACAUAAGAAAGUUGUAUUCAUUUGGGGGAAAACACAAAAUUAUAGAAAAAAGUGUCGACAAUUUUCAAAAUGAAUUAAAAUUGUGUCGACCCUUUUCUUUGCUCUAUCAAGUUCAAAACUGGAGUUUCCCCCUUUAAAACAUUUUAGUUACAACCACCCUUUACAAACUGUCCAAUUUCUGAUGAUUUUGCUCCAUUUUCGCUGAUUUGUAUUUUCUAUUGUAUUGUCUCUCUUAGUUUUUGAUAUACAAGGAAAGUUGAAAACUAUGAUGUUCGAAUUUCGCUUGUGAUCCAUCAAAUAAGCGAAAAUUGUUCAUAAAAACUUGUAAAUAUUUAAUGAAUAUGUAAAAAAUGUAUAUUUUCUCUUGUCAAAUUUGUCUCUUUUAGUUUUUGAUAUACAAGGGAAUUUUGAUCAUUAUGAUGUAGAAUUUCGGUUAUGAACCAUCAAAUAAGCGAAAACUUUUUGAAAAUUUCUAAGUAUAUAAAGAAUAUGUAAAGAAUCUAUAUUUUUGCUCGGAAACUGUUUUUAAAAAUAUGUAAACUGGUAGAAGCACGAAACUGUAUCACUAUUAGGUAGAAGAUCAGGAGAUCGGAUUUGUACCAAAUUAAACAUUAUUUUUAUUUUAAGGUAUAUUGAUUGAUUAAUUGAUUGAGUUGUUUCCUAGAAUUCCCCAAUAUAGGAAUAUAUAUUAUGAGUAUUUCAUCUACCAAAUCUUGAUUUUAAAGCACCCCGUGGGUAAGACUUUGCUAAACUGCAAUGCCAGGGUAUCUAGACUUUUCCACGAACCAUCUUGGUUUUCUGUUAAAUUGAGGCAUAAACUAAAACUUUUAAGAUGUUUAAAGAAAUUCGAUUUUUGUCCCAUAAAAACAAAAUCAACUCUUUAAAAUGAAGAAAGAAAAACUGAUAGGUAAAAUACUCUUCUUAAAGAUAAAAUAAAAAUUAAGAUUUGUCAAAAUUAUCUAAUUUUUACAAAAACUUGCUUCUAUUUCGGAAAACCCUAACCAUUCAAAGGUAGAG